AUGGGCUAUUGUCUUUUUACCGCGACCGAUGGGACCGAGUUCGAGGACCGCGACGAGUGGCGCAAGUACGAGUUUGCGACCAACUUCACCUUCAAGGGCAAGAAGGACGAGACCUUGAUGAAGCUGCCGGGGCAGAUCGCCGGGCAACCGUUCGACAUGGCGGACCUCGAAGGCUGCCAAGUGCUGCUGCUCGACCACUGCGACCAAGUGCAGAUCGACAACCUCGUCAACUGCCGCGUCUUUAUCGGCCCGUCGUCCGAGUCGGUCUUUGUGCGCAAUUGCACCAACUGCGUCUUUACCGUGGCGUGCAAGCAGCUGAGGACGCGCGACUGCUCGCAGUGCCAUCUCUUUCUGUACGCGCUCACGGACCCGAUCAUCGAGACGUCCAACCAAAUGGUGUUUGCGCCCUUCAACGGCGCGUACCAUGGGCUCCGGAGCCACUUUGCGGCCGCGAAUCUCGAGCCCGAGAACAACCACUGGGCCAACGUGUACGACUUCAACGACCCGGACAAGACGGGCGAGAACUGGCGCCUCGUCACGGACGCGGUCGAGCCGUGGGUGAUUCCGCUCGAGCAGCUCGUGGCCGACGCCGAGGCCUUUGGGCCGUGCGAGAACCCCGUGCCCGCGAACGCGACGCCGAUCACACACGUCGAGGACCCGUCGCUGCAAUCGUUCUCGAUCGACACAUCCCAGCAAGAUGCGCAAGCGCACAUGGAGGCCGUCGCGCACAACGAUGAGAGCGUCGACGGCUUCGUGCCGUCGUCGGACGACAAUGCGCAGUUUUACGACGAAGCGCCGUCGCCGCCGAGCAGUACGUUCAACGACCCGCCGCCCGCGCCGAUCGAGUCGCAGCCGGUGCCGGUCGAAGGCUACUCGUCGAAGCCCGGCGGCUACUCGUCGCAGCCCAAGGCCGAAGCCUAUUCGUCGCAGCCCAAGGCGGCCGCCUACACGUCGCAGCCCAAAGCAGAGGCGUACUCGUCGCAGCCCAAGGCGGCCGCCUACACGUCGCAACCCAAGGACGGCGGCUUCACAUCGAUGCCCGACCCGCAGCAGAGCUGGCCGAUGCUGGAUGAGCUGGAGCAAAAGGCGGCCGCCGACGUCGAAGAGAAGCGCGUGAAGGAAGAAGCACUCAUCAAGGAAGUCCGCGCCAAGGCCGAAGAGGAUCUGGACAAGUACUAUGGGGACCGUACCGACAAGCUGGCCCACCGCGCGGCGACCAACCGCGAGCACGAAGAGCAAAAGAAGCAGACGCAAGCGGCGCUCGCGGCCGCGUCGGCCGAGCAGCCGUGGAACCGCGUGACGGACCUCGUCGACAUGUCGGCCCCGGUCAAGAUCAAGACGGACGCCGAAAAGAAGAAGAAGGACGACGUCGACCUCUUUGACACGACGCGCAUGCGCAGCCUCCUCGUGCAGCUCAAGAACACGGGCGGCCCCGAGACGAUCCGGGCCCAAGGCUAG